GGAAUCAAAUACCCAAUACGGAUUGAGUAUAAUAAACUUUGUAACAAAAUUAAAUGACCAAGUCAAUCUUAAUAAUUAAUAAUCCUUUAAUAAACAAUCAACAAUAUUCUAAUUCAUUUUAUUUAAAAAAAAAAAAAAAGUAAAAAAGGGAGGUUGAGAGAGAGAAUGUAAGUAGAGUAAUGAUUUAAAGAGGAUCAGAAGCUCGUGAUGAGAAUUUCCAUGUUUGCAGGUUUUCUAACAGCGCCACUUCAGCCCAACCAAAGGAAUUUCUUCUUUCUUUCUCUUCCUUAUUUUCUCGUGAUCUUCUUCUUCCUUUCACCUCCAAUCCUCUUAUAUUUAAACAUUCUUCUAGUCAACCCUUCUUUCAUCCCCUCAAAUGAUUUACAAUAAACUAAAAUUAUAUUAUUAGAGUAUUUAAAUUAUGGAAGUUUUUAUUAAAAAUAGUAAUAGUAAUUCUAGUAAUAAUGGAGUUAGACAAUAUGUUAGAUCCAAAGUUCCUCGCUUACGCUGGACUCCUGAGCUACACCGCUGCUUUGUUCAUGCUAUCGAACGCCUUGGUGGUCAAGACAAGGCAACACCAAAGCUUGUUCUUCAGUUAAUGGAUGUAAGAGGGCUUACUAUUUCUCAUGUGAAAAGUCAUCUCCAGAUGUAUAGAAGCAUGAAGAUUGAUCAUACAAGACAAGCAGACAAGAGCUUCACACAGCAAAGGAAACAAGCUUUUGAGAAUCAUCAUAAUAACAUUGCAAGUACUACUAAUUAUGUUUUGAAGGAUGAAAAAGAUGAUGUGGGGUUACAUUUAUCUUCUCCAAAUAUUACUAAUAAUCAUAAUGUUAUUCAAGAUCUUCAAUCUACAAUUUCUGCUGCUUUUCCCCCUUCUAAAAGGGCAAGGAUGGAAGAAAGUUGUACAAGUAGUAUGAUGAUGAAGAGAGAGAAAUUGGAAAGCAGCCAAAGAGAGGGAGUGAGAAAAGAUCCAAAAAUGUACUGCUUGGUUGAUGAUUACAAAAGUCAGCUGGAGUCAAUUUAUAAUAAUUCAAAGGGUGAGACAAAAAGAAGAGGAAUUAUGCUAAAAGAUGACAGUAAAAAUAAAAAUAAAAAUAAACAUAAUAAUAAUGAGGAAGAAGAAGAAUUAGAAAGUGGUGGAUUAUUGGAAGAGAGUAGUCUGAAUAUUAUCAGAUGGCAGCAGCAUCAGACCCAACACCCUGGUUUCUCCUCUUUGCUGUCUACACUGCCCCUGCCUCCUCAGGAUCAUGUUUUCAAUUUUCAUCAUCUUCUUGCAGUCCAACCUGAUCAAUCCCACUUCUUAAAGCUGCAGGAAGCAAUGGCAUAUGAACAAGUAUCAGACCAAAAUCAAGCUCAUUACUUUCACAACUCAGAUGCAUUCUUCUCUUCUAUGAAACAAACCAAAGAUGAAUACAAAGAAAACGACGAUGAUGAAGAGCUAGCAAUCGGAAAAAGAGACAACGAGCAUGGAAUAUCCUUGUCUCUCUCCUUACAAAGGGUGGCCUCGCCGCCAUUGUUAAUCCAACGGAGCAGCAAUGUUUCGUCGACUAAUGUUAGUGAAAUUAGUGAUCAGGCAAUUAGUUCAUACUCUUCUUCUUCUAUUGCUUGGGAUAAUCAUCAACAGUCUCUUAAUCUUGAUUUAUCUAUCUCACUUUGUGGUAGCUAAUUAGAUUAGUUAAUUCCUUUUUAUUUUAGGCAGGCAAUCAGGUUCUUUAAUAUCAUAGUAUUAUGCAUUUGUAAAAAAAUUAAUGAAAGUUUAGUUGAUUAAAUCAAGUCAUAAACUAGUUGGAGUACUGGUCUUAUUA